CAGAAGAGGAGGCGUUUUCUGCCACAGGAUGUUUUCCCUCAUGAGAGGAUGUGUGAGGUUCAGUCACUGCAGCACCGUGGGAGUGUUUCAAUCAGAGGCACAAUGAGGAUAUGAUGCAUUACAGUCGGAGGAACGCAUGCAUGGAACCAAGGUUGAUGAUAUCGAAGUACCGCAUCAGAUUUCACCGCAGCAUACAGUUAAUGUAGUUUGCUGAAAGAGCUUGAACUUUUAGGUGAUGAGGGAAAGCCUCGAGGACAUCAUUCUGCUGGAGGCAAGUUCACACUCUCGGUGCAAAAGAUGAGAGCUUGCUGGAUGUUCAUGAUCCUCCUGAGCUGCAGUCUAAGAACUAAGUCUCAGAGCAUCCGCAAAGACCAGCUGAAAAUCGAGUGUGUACCUGCCAAUGGCAACGUGUCCGUGCCUUGCCCAGAGUCGGCAAAAGGCACAGACGUGACUUUUGAACUUAUCAAAGACGACAAAGUGAUUUCCAACCAUAGAUGCAACCCAGACAACAAUACAUGUCAAUGUAAACCACCUUGCACCAGGGUCGGCGUAGAACUGCAUCAAAAGAAAAACACAUCAGUCAGCUUCAUGCUCACUGGAGUGAAUGCCAGUAGCCAUGGUAUCUACAGAUGUGAAGCCACCGUCACGUACCCUCCCCCACUCAGAACAGAGCAUAGUACUUUGUUGAGCCUGGUACUUGUAGAAGGACACCAAUACCAGUGCCCAGGUGGAGAUCAAAACAAUGGAUUUCUUUGGCUUUGGAUUCUGGGGCUCGUACUUUGUGGCAUCUACAGCGUAAUUGUCACCAUUAUUGCCAGCAUCAUCUGGGUCAAGUGGAGGAGGUCGGAUUCCCAGAGUGAUUACAUGAACACCAAACCCAAAGCAACGAGGAACCGCAAGAAAAGAGGGUUUCAAAAUCCUAUACCACGACACUUCUGAUCGUCUUACUAUUUGCACAGCUAUCCCUGUUAGUUUCAAUAUUAACACAUUGUAGUAGUUUGCCCCGUGCAGAGCGGGUGAGAUUUUCGUUUAGUCCAUUGUGUUGUCAGUACUAGUUGUUUUUUGUCUACACAGCGAAAGUAGCAGUUCCUUUAACAGUUGUGGCUGUUCCAAACAAUAAAAAAAUAAAAAAA